AUGUUCUUCCUCAAAGAGCUCGAGAAGACGAUCCAGCUACAUCCCUCAUACUUUGGCCCUCUCAUCCGUUCGCACAUUCACAAGGAGCUUUUGCAAAAGGAGGAAGGCUCGAGCACAGGAAAGUACACAAUUGUGUGUAUACUGGACUCGUUCGACAUCUCAGAUGGCCAGGUGAUGCCUGGCUCUGGCUCUGCCGAGUACACCGUUCACUACAAGGCCAUUGUAUGGCGGCCGUACAAGGGCGAGGUGAUGGAUGGUAUAGUAACCUCGAUCCUUCCGUCUGGCUUCUUUGUGGAUUGCGGCUCUCUGCAAGCCUUUGUUGGACGUAACAUGAUUCCCUCGGACAUCAAAUUUGAGGGUAACGCAGCACCUCCACAGUGGACCGAUGGCGCAGACCAGGUUAUUGAGAAAGGCACAAAUAUCCGCAUUAAGAUCAAGGGUAUUCGAUCUGAAGUCGACAAGAUGUACGCUGUAGGAACGAUGAAAGAGGAUUAUCUGGGCCCUCUGUCGCAGUAG